UUUGGCCGUCUAUCCAUCAACCCAAGCAUCAUUCCUCUUUGGGGAAACUUCAUCUUCAAUUCUUCAAACAACAAAGCUUCUUGCUUUCCGUUUAGUUCUUUUUAUUCGUCCCAAAAUCAAAUAACUCAAUUUUUCCCCAAUCAGCUCGUGAUCCCAUCCUGAGUCGUCAUCAUGGCUGAUCUUUCCGGCAACAUUGUUACCGACGAGCAUGCCUCGCCUUCUCAGGACGAGCUUCAACAGGCCGGCAAUGGUGCCAAUGUCGACCGCAAGCGCUCACGUAUGAGUGCUGCUGGUGAAGAAGACGACGACGACGAUGAUAAGCCCGGUCGUGAGCGCCGCAAGAUCGAAAUCAAAUUUAUUCAAGACAAGUCGCGUCGUCACAUCACCUUCUCCAAGCGGAAGGCCGGUAUCAUGAAGAAGGCUUACGAAUUGUCCGUUUUGACCGGCACUCAAGUACUCCUGCUUGUCGUCUCCGAGACUGGCCUUGUCUACACAUUCACCACCCCCAAGCUACAACCCUUGGUGACCAAACCAGAGGGCAAGAACCUCAUUCAGGCUUGUCUGAAUGCGCCUGAGCCUUCCGCCGAAAAUGGUGUCGAGACGACCGAUGUUCCCGCCGAGUCUCCCGAAGAUGUCUCUCACAACAACGUCAAUGCACAACAAGCCAAUAUUCCCCGUCAGGCUGGUAUACAACCUGGGUACAUGACCCAUGAACAGCAGCAGCAGAUCGCCUACUACCAGGGUCUCCAGCAACAGCAAGCGCAAGCUGGUGGACAGUAUCCAGGAAUGCCUGUUGGCGGCAGAAUGCCACCCCAACAUCCUUCCACUGCUUAGACAAUAUUGUUUGUGACUCUUUCAACAGUUGAUUUCUACCAGAGUGGCUGGUGUUUGUGGCCAUGGUGUUUCCUUGUUUGUGGUGCUUCUUUCUUUUUAUACUUGUCAUUCGUGACUUUCGCCCUCUAUGACCCUCUGCUGGUUUGAUACCCUUUCACGAACACGUUACGCAGCUAACUCCACAUGAACACACUGUGUAUUUCAUGGAUGAAUCCGGGCCCAACUCAUACUCUUAUUGAGUUUCAACGUCAUGUCGUGUUAUUUUUGGGACCAGGUCAUGAUCAUUUCUUCUUUGUAUACACAACCAACCAUCUGUCUCAUGGCACCAAAACAUAAGAAAAACAGAAAAAACAAAACAAACAUAUCAAAAUGGAUAAACUGCAUGUGCUGGCUAUGUGGAAAUCGACAAGAGGGUUCGACGAAAGAAACCCAAAAUUUCUUACCUCUCAUGAUACUCAACUGGCGAAAGCUUAAUGUUUAGGUGUGGACCAACUGUGGAUGUUUGAUUCAUGUCUAAUCAUCGGUGAAGAUGAGGUGUUCUCGGAGUGUGUGGUCUUAAACUGUGCUCGUUUAUUUGCGUUCGGAUUGACUGCGAUGUUUCUCUUUUCCUUUUAUUUUCUUUGCCACUGAACAGGUUCUGCUUUUACUUUUCUCACAGUUACUGCGCAAGCUCUCUGGUUUGUCUGUUCUAGUUUGUCUUGCUGUGGGAUGUUUUUUUUUUCUUUCUGAUGUAUUUCUCACAGUGAUGGAUAUUUCUCCGCGUUUCCUUUUCAACCUGAAACCAACUCGUUGACGAGUUGAAAUGUCUGAUUCUGGUUCUUUUUCUUUUUUUCUCAAAAUGUUCCCUGUAUCAGAAACUUCCAUCUACCUACAUGUGCAAUUAGGCUUGUGAAGAAAGAGAAAUCAAAGUUUGAAGAAAUUCG